GCGCGAUGCACACUGAACGGACGUGAGGCGAGGACGUGGCACAGACUUAUGUCAAUUCAGCGUCUCUCCUAUAUAAUUGAAUUGUCCAAUGCACACAGCGGCAACGUGGCGCUGGCGGUCGCCAUCGCGCCCUUGCCACGUCUUCUUCCAGUCUCUUGUGGCGUACAAGAACAGACACGUCCGUUGCACGACACUUGUUGCUUACUUAAAACUUUUUAAAAAUGCGAGACGAUAUUGAAUUUAACAUUCAAUUUUGCGAGGAAAUUGAAAAAUAUCCAUGCUUGUACGACUACAGUCGUUCAGAUUAUUGUAAUAGGAGUGCUCAGGACCAAGCGUGGCAGAAAAUCGCAAAAAAAUUUGGUGUUCAAGGUAAGUUUUAGUCUUUAUUACUAUUUAUACACAAUACCUAUCCUGAUAUGGAAUUGGGGCACAUUCUGAUAAAUACAUGGUUAGGUACUCUCUGAUAUUUUUUGCAUUUGAGUGGGUCAGGGGUGGUAAUUGCAAAAUGGAAUCACGGUCACGUCCAAGCAAAAGCAACAUUAAGUCUACACAGGAGGAAGCAAGAGAGAGUGAAGAAGAAAAUCAAGAUGAGGAUAUGGAUGAAAAGUUGGAUGAAACCGAAUCUUCUGGGAAAGAUACAUCAAGUACAAAAAUGCCUCCUCCACUCCUGGAACGGAACAGGAAUAGUAGUGCCAGAAAGAAAUUAAAAUCAUCAACUAUAGAUGAUGUAAACCAUUCUGCCUACAAGUAUUUUGAGGCAAAACAACAAAUGAUAGAACGGUGA